AUGCCAAAAUUAAAUACAACCACAUACAUUGAUUCAUCUGCAAUAUCAGUAGCUGUUAUGGCUAUGCAAAGUAUUGAUACAAAUGGAAAUUCAAUAAAAUAUUUUCAACGAUUACUUCAACGGUUUGGUGUUAUCUAUAUGGCAGUUCUAAUUAUUUUUGGAUUUAUUGGAAAUUCUAUAUCAUGUUAUGUUUUUGUUCGAAGUAAACUCAGACGUUUAAGUUGUAGUUUAUAUUUAACUGCUCUUUCUAUAUCUGACAAUGGUUAUCUUAUAUGUUUGGGACUUAUUUGGCUUGAAAAUAUACAUGUUUUUAUAUUUCAUAAUAAUGGUAUUUGCCAAAUAACUGUUUAUUUAACGACAGUUUUUAGUUCAUUAUCAGUAUGGUGUACUGUUGCAUUUACAACCGAACGUUUUGUUGUUGUUGCAUAUCCAUUAAAACGUUCACAAUACAAUUCAUCAACACGCGCUCGUUAUGCUGUUGUUAUUCUGACAUUUUUAGCUUUACUAUUGUAUUCCCCAUCAUUAUGGACAUCAGGUAUUGAACUAGCUAAAUCAGAAAGGCCAACAUUACCUCCGUAUGAAACACGUUGUGUCACGUUACGCCAAUGGCUUAAAUUUACACGUCAAAUGAAUAUAAUCGACUUUUUUUUAACAUUUAUCAUUCCUUUUUUGACUAUUGUGACAUUGAAUACAUUAAUUAUACUUAAAUCAGGUCAAUAUGAUCGUUUAUUAGAACGUAAUUAUAUUCAACCAUCAACAUAUAUAUUACAUAAUUUAUUAGAACAUCGUUUACGUCGUUCGAAAUAUCAUCGACGCAUAACUAAAAUGUUAUUAAUUAUUUCAACUACAUUUUUAUUAUUGAAUACACCGAUGCAUUUAUUAAAAGUUUAUUAUUUUUUCUUUUCAACUGAUGAUACAUACGAUGAAAAAUCUUCUUAUGAAUCGAUUAUUGAAAUGUUAACCUUUUAUUUAUUCUAUACAAAUUUUUCGAUAAACUUUUUCCUUUAUUCAUUAUGUGGAAAAAAUUUUCGUUUAUGCCUGAUGGAUCUAAUUAACCGUGCUGGUCAAUCAAGACGUAGAAACAACUUUUUAACGAACGGUCUAAUCGUAGCUGGUCAUGCUGGUCUUGGUGAAAGUCCAGUUGUUCAAUAUUUUCGACGAACACCACGUAAUCAUCUUGCUCGAAAAUUUUCAAAACGUGAAAAUAGUAGUACACUUAGUAGUGGUGGUUCUAAAGCAAAUCCGAUUUUAUCAACAUUUCAUGCAGCUACAACUGCUGCUGCUGGAACAAAUCAACAUACAAUGCAUCAAUCAUCAGCUAGUUCUUCGUUUCAGAAAAAUUCAUUGAAAAUUGAACUAUUAACAAAUCGACCAACACCCACAGUUGCUAAAUUUUAUCCGACAUUUGCGAUUAAGUGA